UCAGAAUAGGCCGAAUAUACUUGUUCGGAAAAGCCUCCAUGACUUCUCUGUUUUAAUUCGCCUUCUGACUCCCUGUAUUUACAUCCGAACAGGGCGCUAACUUCUUCGUUUCUCAUUCACCCCUUACAUCCGCCCUUCCUGCAUUAAUUCCUUUCCCCCCCCUCCGCGUAUUCAUCGUGGCGUCAGAACACCCAUUAAUCAUGGAAGGCCAAGCCGAAAACGACGAACUCUACCCUAUCGCAGUGUUGAUCGACGAGCUCAAGCAUGAUGAUGUUUUGCUCCGCUUAAAUGCUAUCCACAGACUCUCGACGAUUGCUUUGGCUCUCGGUCCGGAAAGGACACGCGACGAGCUGAUUCCCUUCCUUGACGAAUCCAUAGAGGAUGAGGAUGAAGUCUUGACUGCCCUCAGCGAAGAAUUAGGUGGGUUUGUCGAAUAUGUCGGCGGUCCGGAGUACGCGCACGUUCUCCUCUCUCCUCUCGAAAACUUGGCUGCGAUUGAAGAACCACUGGUUCGGGAAAAGGCCGUAGAAUCCCUGAACAAGAUAUGCGAGCAGUUGUCGCCAAGGCAGAUCGAAGAGCACUUUAUACCCCUGACCGUCCGCCUUUCAAAAGUAGACUGGUUUACUUCCAAGAUAUCUGCUACCGGCCUUUACUGCGCCCCGUAUAAGUCCGCCUCCCCCGCGCAUCAGCAAGCCAUGCGUCAACAAUUCGGACAGCUGGUUCAUGAUGAUACACCGAUGGUUCGACGUCAAGCGGCCAACAAUCUUGCCAAGUUCGUGAAGGAGAUGCAAACACCAGUUAUUAUAGAAGAAAUGAUUCCUCUUUUUCAAUAUCUUGCCAACGACGACCAGGAUAGCGUCCGGUUGCUUACUGUCGAAAUUCUGAUCUCAAUUGCUGAGGAGAUCCCCAAGGAACAGCAGUCAAGUCACGGCGUUCUCCUUACAUCGCUUCGGAGUUUGUUUGAGGAUAAAAGCUGGAGAGUAAGAUAUAUGGUCGCUGACAGAUUCGAGAAGAUUGCGAAAGCUGUCGAUGAUCAAGUUGUGAAUCGUGAUUUAGUCCCAGCAUUUGUUAAGCUCCUAAAAGAUACAGAAGCCGAAGUUCGAACAGCAAUAGCAGGACAAAUUCCUGGUUUUUGCUCUCUGCUUGAUCGUGAGACACUUUUAAAUGAGAUCAUGACAAGCAUAGAAGACCUUGUCUCCGACCAGUCUCAGCAUGUUCGUGCAGCAUUGGGUACGCAGAUCAGUGGAUUGGCUCCAAUCCUCGGCAAGGAAGAGACUAUCUCUCAUUUGCUUCCUAUGUUUUUGCAAAUGCUAAAGGAUGAUUUCCCCGACGUCCGACUCCACAUCAUAUCAAAAUUGGAGUUAGUUAACAAAGUCAUUGGUAUUGAAUUGCUUUCUCAAUCCCUUCUGCCUGCAAUCGUUCAGUUGGCUGAGGACAAACAAUGGCGUGUGCGUUUGGCGAUUAUCGAAUACAUUCCCUUGCUGGCCAGCCAGCUUGGCGUUAAAUUUUUCGAUGAACAACUUAACAGUCUCUGCCUUGGCUGGCUCGGUGACUCUGUGUUCUCGAUUCGAGAAGCUGCAACUCAGAACCUCAAAAAACUGACAGAGCUCUUCGGAGUUGACUGGGCAAAUGACUCGAUCAUCCCUAAGGUUGUUGCUAUGGGUCAGCAUCCGAAUUAUUUGUACCGAAUGACGACCUGUUUUGCCAUUAGUACCCUUGCGCCAGUCAUCACUCUCAAAAUGAUUGAAGGCUCAAUCCUGCCAAUCUUGGACCGACUCUCCAAAGACGAUAUUCCAAAUAUCAGGUUUAACGUAGCAAAGUCGUAUGCAGUGCUAAUCGACAUUCUCCAGCGACUACCGGAAGACGGCACUAUUAGCGAACUCGAAAAAUCCGAUCAGGCAAAAAGCCCGUCUCCACGAAAUCAAUCCAUCAUUCAACAUCAGAUCCUUCCCCACCUCGAACAACUUAAGCAGGAUGAGGACGUAGAUGUGCGAUACUUUGCCACUACAGCAGCAGGGAAUUACGGAGAAGCCAUGCAAACGUCUCCAUGAUCACUUGCUCGUCUAUUUCCUUUUUUUCUCAUUGGUAGAUCCUGGUCUUGGAAAUCGAUCCUAUCGGAGAGAGAUCGGGCCCAUCAUUUAGACACAGGUGUGACCUUGUCAGAUUAGAGACGUAACUAUUUGCAUAGGCAGCUCUUCAUCUCUAUAUUGGCCCUGGACCUUCAUGCUUUCAAAACAGCCGUCUGUAGGGAGCGCUGUGGGGAUAGUGAAUCUGCACAUAAUUAGCUGCGUUGCCAUCUUCGAGCUGGCACCGGAUUGCUUAAUAAUAAAAACUUGGGCCAAA